GCUGAAACCAUGACAACGUAGUGUGCGAAGUACCACAAAGCUUAAUCCACGCAGCUACCUGAACUUAUCUCCCUCAACCUCCCUCGACCUCAAUUUUGGAAUCUACGAUCCACUUCCUCUUCACCAUAAACCCUUUUCAACCGCGGAACUUCCAGAAAACCAUGGCAGAUAUGCGCGCACCACCAAGUCCCACGGCUAUGCUAAUAGGCACUGCUAUAAUUGCCGGUCUCAGCGGAUACAUGAUUGGAAUUGCGUCGAGCCUUGGAUUUUUCCCGAUCCCUUUUAUGCCCAAGGCACCCAAAGCACGAGGAAUUGCGAAUUACGACGACGAAGAAGAGAGCGCAGAAGAGGAUAUUGAUGCUUCCAUAUUAGAUCAUGCGCCAAAUUGGGGAAAUGGGUUCGAGGCUGACAAAAGAGAUGGAUUGAGAGUGAUGGAGAGGAGUGCGCCGAAAAAGGUUGACAAGAAGAAGAAGAUUGAGGCCAAGCCCGUGGAUGAUAAGGAAGAAUGUAAAAUGGUACUGGUUGUGAGAACGGAUUUGGGAAUGACGAGAGGUAUGAAAUCUAUUCUAUUUCCCGGUACUUACACUGCAUUUCGAGAUCUGACAGAUUUCCUUCUUCUAGGAAAAAUUGCUGCACAAUGUUCCCAUGCAACUCUCGCCUGUUACAAAACUAUGACCCGCAAAGAUCCCAAUGGUUCAAUUCUACGACGCUGGGAACGGGAAGGCCAAGCAAAGGUCGCGCUACAAGUGAAGUCGGAAGACGAAUUGGAUACUCUACAAGCAAAAGCUCUUAGUUUGGGCGUUGUGGCUGAGCAGAUUGCAGAUGCGGGGAGAACGCAGAUUGCAAGCGGGAGUCAUACUGUGUUAGGGAUUGGUCCGGCGCCAAAGAGUGUUAUUGAUCUGAUUACUGGUACUUUGAAGUUGUUGUAGAUGAGGAUGGGGUUACAAGGUGAAAGAUUCUAUGAAUAAGGCUUUGGAAGGCAGAAGAUUUCUUAAAAUGAAUAUUUGGAAUGCUCAAGUUUUGAAUGCUCGUCGAGCGUAAGCUUGAGGAUCUUCAGAAUGAAGACCAGCGGAAGAGGUAUCUAUUGAUACGAGACAGAUGAUGACGAAGAUGAAGAGGAUACCGAAAUUAUGAACCCCAAUUAUAGGAAUAUAAAAGCGUAGCAUUGCUGGCGUUCGGGAUAAUCAAGUAGUAAAUAUAUAUAAGAAUGAGUAGGCUUAGAAACGUGUUCACAUUGAAGCCUCAUCCAG